CCCGCCCCCAAACCGGGAGCAGCAAGGUGAGGGCGGGCGACCCACCCGCGUGUAGCUGGACACGAAGGCGACUGGUCGGCAGCCUCAUCCUCCGGAAAACAAAAUGACGAACGAAGAACCUCUCCCCAAAAAGGUUCGACUAAGUGAAACAGACUUCAAAGUUAUGGCAAGAGAUGAAUUAAUACUAAGGUGGAAGCAGUAUGAAGCAUAUGUACAAGCUUUGGAGGGCAAGUACACAGACUUAAACUCUAAUGAUGUAACUGGCUUGAGAGAAUCUGAAGAAAAACUAAAGCAGCAACAACAAGAGUCUGCAAGAAGAGAAAAUAUUCUUGUGAUGAGACUGGCAACCAAGGAACAAGAAAUGCAAGAGUGUACUACUCAAAUCCAGUACCUCAAACAAGUUCAGCAGCCUAGUGUUGCCCAACUGAGAUCAACGAUGGUAGACCCAGCAAUCAACUUGUUUUUCCUAAAAAUGAAAGGUGAACUGGAACAGACUAAAGACAAACUGGAACAAGCCCAAAAUGAACUGAGUGCCUGGAAAUAGUUAAUGGCGAAGUGUCGAAUGCUUAUUCAGGAGAAUCAAGAACUUGGAAGGCAACUGUCCCAGGGACGUAUUGCACAACUUGAAGCAGAAUUGGCUUUACAGAAGAAAUAUAGUGAAGAACUUAAGAGCAGUCAGGAUGAACUCAAUGACUUCAUUAUUCAGCUUGACGAAGAGGUAGAGGGUAUGCAGAGUACCAUUCUAGUUCUUCAGCAGCAACUGAAGGAGACUCGUCAGCAGUUGGCUCAGUACCAGCAGCAGUCCCAGGCCUCAGGCCCAGGUACCAGCAGGACUCCAUCUUCUGAGCCUUUAGAUCAGGGAGAUGUCAUGGGGAAAGACUGCAGCCAUCUGGCUAAUGGACCAAGUAACGGCAGCUCCUCCCAUCAGAGGACGUCUGGGUCUGGAUUUUUUAGGGAGGGUAACACAACAGAAGAUGACUUUCCUACAUCUCCAGGGAAUGGUAAUAAGGUCUCCAACAACUCUGAAGAGAGAACUGGCAGAGGAGGUAGUAGUUAUAUAAACCAACUCAGUACGGGGUAUGAAAGUGUAGACUCUCCCACGGGCAGUGAAAACUCUCUCACACACCACUCAAAUGACACAGACUCCAAUCAUGAUCCUCAAGAGGAGAAAGCAAUGACUGGGAAAGGUAACCGAACUGUGGGUUCCCGUCAUGUUCAGAAUGGUUUGGACUCAAGUGUAAAUGUACAGGGCUCAGUUUUGUAAUAUUUUUCCAGCAACAUUUUUAUACAGUGUCAUUUAAUUUGGGAGAGAAUACUGUCCAGAAACAAUUUUAAU